AUGUCGGAAUCAGAUAUAGCUGCAACUGCUGGCAAUCCAAACAUACAUAUAGUUUCAAUAGAAUCUUCUCAAGUAAACCAAUUUGAAGAAGGUAACACCAUUAGUGAAGCUGAUCUCAAUAUAGUGGAUGAAUCUGGAGAGCCACCAAUGAAAAGAUUUAAAGUAGAAAUGAAUGAUGACUUAGAUAUGGACCAAUCAUUAAAGUUAUUAUUAUUAAACAUCAAUAGAGCAAUAUGUUUGAGACUAGAUAAUAUUGAUAAAAAACUGGAUAAUCUGGAUCAGAAGACAAAAUACAUCCAGAAUAGGCUUGAUCAAAUUACCAUUGACCCCAAUACCAAUAAACCACCUCAAUCUAAUUCAGCUUAUCAUAAUAUCAGAAAAGGAGCUGUUAUUGUUGGUUUACCACAAAAUGGAAAAGCUCCUUCAGAAGUACUAGCAGAUAAUGUAAAUAGUACAGAAAAUGUUCAAAGUUUGGGUCCUAAUGUUACACUUAUAACUUUAAAUUCUGAAUCUGAUUUUCCUAAUGGUUGUUGGUUAGGAGAUGAAAACAAUCCUGAAAUGAGAGUGAGAACACCAAUCAGUAAAAGUGACCUGCUUCAUAUCCAUUCUAACUGUCGUACCUCAGAGAAAAUGGCUCUUACAUUAUUAGACUAUUUAUUUGAUCGGGAUACUCAAGCAAAUUCUAAUUUAUCUGGUAUGGGAAGGCAUGGUAAAAAACAACUUGAUCCAUUAAUGAUCUAUGGUAUAAGAUGUCAUUUGAUUCAUAGAUUCAACAUCUCAGAAGGUGAUUGGCAUCGUAUAAAGCAAAACAUAGAUUCCAAAUGUCGUACAGCUUUUAGAAGACGUCAGCGUGGUCAGCCUUUAACAGUGAAAGCUUUCCGUGGUAAAGGUAGUACAGGAACUGUUGGUAGUCACAUGGAUAUGAUUGAACAACACCAUUUUAGUGAUGAGGAUUCUUUAAGUCAUGAUGAUUCAGUUUCUGAAUUACACAUUCACCAGAGUGAUGUAGAUAUACAGCAAGCUAUGCAAGAUGGUUUAGGACAAGGUGAAAUACAGAUAUUACACGCUACGCCAGAACAGAUCUCACAACUACAACAAGCACAUCAUAUACAAAUAUUACAGGGUGACCAAGUUAUUGGGCAAUUGCAGUCUGGUGAUAUGGCCUCGUUAGCAGAUAGUGGUAUACAGGUUGCUACGGUAACCACAGAAUCUGGAGAAGUAUUACAUAUACAACAGUCAGCUAACCCUACUACAGAUACUAUAACAGAGGCUACAGAGCUACCAGAAUAG